UACAAGGAAUCGUGACGCCAUUGUUAUUUAUUUAUUAUUCACAAUUACCGCAGGGUCGAAUUAACGUCGCCCGGUCGUAGAUAUAUUUUUGCGGAAAGAGGUGAAAGUAAUUAGUAUAAAUUAUUCCUUCAAGUUAUUUCAUUUUGAAAUUUUUUCAUAGUUCGCGCAUAUUUUGAGAGAAGAUAGUUCGAUAAAAAUAACAACAUACAAGUGAAGGAAAUUCGAAAUCCAAUGGUUUCAGACAGUGUUUUGAUGAUUAGUAGUGUUUUAAUGCCACUUGAUGAAUUAACAUCUAAUCUUCCACUCAGUGAUUGAUAAAUUUAUUGUAGUAUAAUUCAGGAAUAGGAGAAUCAAUUAAAACGGCAGCAAAUAUGGUAAAAAGAUCGGAUGGCACCGACUUACCAAUAGUUGAGGAACAGGAAGGUACAAAUUCCGAAAAACCCAAACAACCGAUUAAAUAUGGAGAACUAGUCAUUUUAGGGUACAAUGGAUAUCUUCCACCAGGUGACAGAGGACGGAAGCGUAGUAAAUUCGUGUUGUACAAAAGGCAGGUUGCUAACGGUGUCAAGAGGUCGAAACACUACGUUGUUAAAACUCCACACUGCUCACAAGCCAUCCUGGAUGCAACCCAACAUUCGAUAUCCUACACGUUGUCCAGAAACCACGCUGUUAUUGUAGAAUAUGAAAAUGACGAGGAUACAGAUAUGUUCCAGAUUGGCAGAUCAUCAGAGGCCCCUAUAGAUUUCAUCGUUAUGGACACAAUACCUGGAGAUAAAGCGACAGAAAACAAAGUUAUGCAGCAGAGCACGAUAUCUAGAUUCGCUUGUAGAAUUUUAUGUGACAGAAAUAACCCAAAAAUAGCGAGGAUCUAUGCGGCUGGUUUUGACACAUCUAGAAAUAUCUUUUUAGGGGAGAAGGCUAAUAAAUGGCAAGAAAACGGUAGAGAAAUUGACGGACUCACAACAAACGGGGUAUUGAUAAUGCAUCCAAGAGGGACAUUUUGUGGUGGAGAGGCUAAAUGUCGCUACUGGCUGGAAACCUCAGUCGGUGGAGGAGUUUUCACAACCAGGGAAUCUCGAUCGGCCCAACAAAAAGGACAAAAAGUUGAUGAGGAAACUAAUGUCUUGCAGGAUGGCACCUUGAUUGAUUUGUGUGGGGCAACACUUUUGUGGCGAUCGGCAGAGGGUCUCGCUAAAUCACCUAGUAAACGUGACCUAGAAAGAGUAAUAGAUGAACUCAACGCUGGAAGGCCUCAGUGUCCUGUAGGUCUGAAUACUUUGGUUAUACCUAGAAAAAUUACACCCAACGAAAACCAACAGCAGCCCUAUGUUUAUUUGAAUUGUGGUCAUGUUCAAGGACUUCAUGAUUGGGGUCAGGAUAAAGAUUCGGGUGAUAGGAAAUGUCCGAUCUGUUUGGAGUUGGGACCAGUUGUCAAAGUAUGUAUGGGCUUAGAACCAGCAUUUUAUGUUGAUACCGGUCUGCCUUCUUUUGCAUUCAAUCCAUGUGGACAUAUGGCUACAGAAAAAACAGUGAAAUACUGGGCGAACGUAGCUAUUCCACAUGGUACCAAUGGUUUUCACGCAGUCUGUCCAUUUUGCGCAUCUCCAUUGACGGGCUCUCCAGGUUAUGUACGCUUAAUAUUUCAAGACAAUGUAGACUGAAGUUCAUUUGGAGAGAUUGGAUAACAUUUUUGGAAUCAGUGUCUAUUGUAAAUGUUUGAAAAUGUAUAGACCCUAUGUAUAGAAUUCUUGAGCUUUAUUUAUGUAGACCGUAAUGAUUUUUUAUUGCUUUUAUUUAUUGAUUUUCGUAAGAAGUGGUAUUAAUACAGAGUGAUUCAAUAGGAUGAACUAUUAGACGUUUAUGGAAAACUAAUCAUAAUUUUGAGCUGAAAAUUUGCACAAUGGGGUUUGAGACGCUCUGUUUCCGUAUUACCGGAAGUUGUAGAGAUUCUAAAAUUAUUUUAGGGAAGAAGAAAUUUUCAGCUGAAAAUUAUGAUUAGUUUUCCAUAAACGUCUAAUAGGCCAUACCGGUGAAUCACCCUGUAUAUUAUGGUAUUUUUUCACCUAUUCCAAAGUUUCAAGUACGGCGUCAAGGAUAGAUACGAAGAAUAUUUUAUGGUUCUGUUCUGUUCUUGAAAAUCCCAUAUGUAAAUGAAAAUUCGAGAAAUGAACAUUGUUAUUGGAUACCACUUCAACAGGAAUAAUUUGAAUCAUUGAAUAUAUCCCAUUUGAAAUAUUGAAUUUUCAGUCAGUGGCAAAUAUUUUAUUGAAUUGAUUUAGGACCUUUUUGUUCUGUUCGUUUUUUAUUCUCUUUUGUAUAUAAGGAAAGCUUUGAAAUGCACUGUAUGAUCAUUUCAGAGUUUAUGUAAAAUUUGAUGUGUGAAGUGUUUGAAGUUAGUAAGUGCAAAUUCUAAGACUGGUUAGGACUAUUUUAAGAUAUUUAAGCAUAUAAGCGUUUAAGUAGUAGAGAAACCAAAUCAUAUUGAAUAAAAUUUAAAUUUUUAUAGCUGGUUCAAUCAACAUCAAAUAUUAUCGAAAUGAUGAAGGAAUGUCUUUUCACAAAUGCACUAAUUGAUAUGAUGCUGACUUGGUGCCUCAAAAUAUUGUGGCGCAUUUAGUUGAGCUGAAAAAAAUCUAUGAUUUCAAUGUCUCAUUAUGUCAACUUUAAUUGAGAUAUUCAUUUCCACUUGAGAAUUUCAAAGCUGUUUUUUAGAUAACCGAACAUCAGAAUUUUCAAGAGAAAAAUUAUGCCUAUUUUUGUAAGAAGGGUUGUGAUGAUGCAAAAUUUUGAAAACUAACCAAGUAGACAAAAAACAUUUGAGUAAAAUUGCAAAAGGAUGCCACUUAAUCUUCUGCAAAGAUUGGCAGUUAGUUUCAUAAUAUGUAUGUACAUAUAAAGUUAUUACCUUAUAUGCAUAUUUCAAAUUGGACUGAAUGAGAAUUGUGCAUAAAUGUUGGCCAAUUUUAUAUUAUGCAUCAUUUAUGAUAUUUUUGAAAUAAUUAAUGUUGUUGAAAUUAUAUUUUUAUUUUCAGUCUUCAAUUCGUCAAUUGUUUAUUUUAUUGAAAAAUUAGAAACAAUUAUUAGAAUCUGACUACAGCAUUCAUCAAUAUGUAUUUGUUAUAUUUUUCAAAGAUAAUUAUGGAACUUACAAAAAUUUUUCGCAUUUAAAAUUGGCCUAUUAUUUAUAUAAGGUUUGUACAUAUUUAUUGAAUUGUUCGAAGUAUUGACUUGAUGAAAUCCUAGAAUUUGUAUUUUACAUUUAAGACCAUUGAAAUUUUGUUGUAUAAUUUGUGAACAUUAAUAUAAGAAUGAAUCUGGUAGAGAAUAGUGUUUAAGAUGCUGUUAUACUACCCCUCCACACAAAGAAUUUUAUCUGUGCCUGGAACACUAAUAAAAAUAAUAUAUUUCA